AUGUCAUUUAGGCUCCAGAAUUCCGAGGUAUUGGCCCGGCUCAAACCGUUUGGAAUUCUGUUCGAGAAGUCUUUGGGCGAUCUUAUCAAGGGAAUUCGUUCUCACCUGAAGAUCUCCCCGGAUAGCUUAUCCACAUUUUUAGACCUGGCCAUCCAAGAAUGUAGAACCGAAUUGAGUACCACUGACAUGGAAACGAAAGCCAUGGCUGUGCUAAAGCUCACGUACUUGGAAAUGUACGGAUUUGAUAUGACUUGGUGCAACUUUCAGAUCUUGGAAGUGAUGUCGUCGUCCAAGUUCCAACAGAAACGUAUUGGGUACUUGGCGGCAAUACAAUCGUUCAAAAAUGAACAAGAUUUGUUGAUUCUCGCCACUAAUCAGUUCAAGAAAGACUUAAAUCUGCAUAAUCACUUUGAAAUAGGAUUGGCUUUGAGUGGAAUUGCGACCAUUGUCACUCUCAAUCUUUCCAAGGACAUAGUGGACGACGUUUGCAUGAAGUUAACGCAUUCAAAGCCCUACAUCCGUAAGAAGGCCGUCUUGGCAAUGUAUAAGAUCUUUUUGCAGUAUCCAGAAUCACUCAGAGUAAACUUCAAUAGAAUCUUGGACAAGUUGGAUGAUGUGGACGUCUCUGUAGUGAGUGCAACCAUCAACGUUAUAUGCGAGAUCUCGAAGAAGUCUCCCUCUAUUUUCAUUAACUACGUACCAAAAUUCUUCACUAUCUUGGAAGAAACCAAGAACAAUUGGCUUAUAAUUCGUAUAUUGAAGUUAUUUCAGAGUUUGUCUAAGGUGGAACCUAGAAUGAAGAAGAAAAUCUUGCCUACCAUUAUAGAGUUGAUGAAUUCUACGAAGGCUUCAUCGUUGAUCUACGAAUGUAUAAACUGUAUUGUCAGCGGGAACAUGUUGUCAUCGGAUUCCAAAAAGGAUAAAGAAACAGCUACUUUGUGUAUGCAACACAUUAUGACUUUCUACUUCGACAAGCCAGAUUCCAACUUGAUCUUUGUAGGAUUGAUUGCAUUGGUUAAUAUCAUUAAAAUCUUUCCAAGCCUUAUCCACAAGGUGAAGGGUGUGUCGCAGAUGAUCAAGAACUGUAUUACUGAUAGAGAUAUCAUUAUUAAGUCGAAGGCAUUGGAAGUUUUUCAUUAUUUGGUUAAUGAAAAUAAUAUUGCAGAAGUAAUUAGAGUGUUGUUGGAGCAAUUGUUGCCUCAAACCUCUACUCCAUCAGAGAUUAUACCUGAAUCUUUGAAAUUAGAUAUCACUUUGAAAAUUUUAUCUAUUGCAUCUCAAGAUGAUUAUCAAAACAUUCCUAGUUUCAGAUGGUAUGUUGCGGUUUUGAAGGAUAUGAUUAAUCUAACAUUAAUUCCACUUCCAAGCGCCUCCAACCCUGAAAUAUCCAAAGCUACUGCCAAUAUUAUUUCUAAGGCAAUCGGACAAGAAUUUAAAACGCUUGCAGCAAGAGUUCCAUCUAUAAGGACUAGCAUUCUCACUACUGUUGUUUAUGAAAUGAUUCAGGAUGUGGACAUUGUUGACAACUGUCCAAUAAUCUUGAAGGACUUCUAUUGGAUUAUGGGAGAGUAUAUCGAUGAUUUAAAGACUAUUACUGAUGAAGAUGAUGAAGCAGAAUAUGAAGAUGAUCAAGAUGAUGACGUUAAGGGACUAGAAAUGAAGGUCAAAAUGUUUGAUACUUUAGUGAACAACUAUAUCGACAUAAGAUUGCAUAACAGCUCGGAUUUACUCUUUCCUAUAUCUUCGAAAUUAGUUCAUCUAGAACAAUCAGAUGUUUUGAUUGUAUUAAUCCAAGCAUUAGUUAAACUCUAUAAUGGAAUUUUUACAUAUUAUACGAAGCAUUACUCACAUGGUGGAACAAUAAACCAUGACGAAUUUGUUUAUUUAUCGUUUUAUUUACACAAGUUAAUUUUGUUCUUGGGUUGUUUGGAAAAUCACCUGCAUUAUGAAGUUCAAGAAAGAGCACUAUCUUGGCUAGAAUUUUUAAAACUUUGCCUUGAAGCCUUAAUUGGUGACGAUUUGAGAGAAGUAAAGAGAUUUGAAGAAAAUGAAGUAAAAGAAUAUCAAGAAAAGUUGAAAAGCAAAGAAGAAAAUGAACCUAAUAGUGAAGACGAGACUGAGGAAGAGAGCGACGAAGACAGCGAAGAGGAAGAAAGUGAAGAAGAAAGUGAAGAGGAAAGUGAAGAGGAUGAGGAGGAUGAAGAGAAAGGAGAGGUCACUCAAGAGAAGAAGGGGGAAAGGGAAGUUCCACAAGACCCAGAAAUCAGCAGUUUUAACGAACCUAAUCCUUUCCAAGAAGCCGAAAAAUUACCUAUCCUUCUUACACACAUAUUACCUUCAUUUUUCAAAAGUUAUGACCUUAAUCCUAUCUCAUCAGAUUCUCAAAGAAAUAUUCCAAUACCUGCUGGUCUUGAUCUCAGCCAGCGUUUGAACCCACCAAUGUUUGAUCAAUUGAGUGAUCUUGAAGAGUCAGAUACAGACAGUUCUAUCUUUGAAGGGGAUGAAAAUGUCUACGGAGAUGAUAAUGACGAAGAGCCUUUAAUUAAGCUAGGUUCAUCUUCUGAUGAAGAAUUGAAGAGAAAGGAAAGAUUAGAAAGACAGAAAUAUGACCCUUAUUAUAUUACUAGUAGCAGUAGUAAGAAGGGCAAAUCUUCAAGGGCUAAAGUAGUAUCGGGAGAUGUCACUCCAUCCGGAACUACGCCAAGUGACAUCCUUUCUAUUAAUUCGGCUACGGGCGAAGAUACUAACGAUGCUUCUAAGUCGUCUAAGCGUAAAAUCAAGUCCAAGCCUUCAAAAUUGAAGAAGGAAAGGGUAGUCAUAUUGUCGGAAGAGAAAGUUGCGGGUGAUAAUGAAGCAUCUACUCAAAAAAAAAUUCAGAGUCUGGACAUUGCUCCAAAGAAGAAGAAAAAGAAUACGCUCAGAAUUGAUUCUUCAAAUUUAGAUAACUUCGAUUUGAACACUCCCUUGUCUGACGAGUUACAAGGUAAAAAUGACGUUGCAAGCUCCAGUUAUGAUUAUGAUAUUGAUUUAAACGAAUUGAGGAGUAAGCUUGAAAAUAGCUCGAUCAAGCCUAAGAAGAAGAAGGUGAAGAAGAGCACAAAAGACGAUGACAGCAAGAAGAAGACUUCUAAAAAGCUCAAGGUAAAAGAUGGAGAUUCUCAGCUAGACUCAGUCCUUCCAGUGACCCUUGCACAAGAAAGUGAAAAGUCAGGAUCUCCUGAAUCUGAUGUCAUCGCUGUGAAGAAAACUUCUAAGAAGAAGAAGAAGAAGGCUGUCAUAAUAGACUAA